AUAUGGCAUCACGACAAUCUAUAGGCCAAUAAUAUCUAAUACAGAUGGGAUCAAAUAAAAUUAAUAUUGUUAAAAUUACGAGUUUUGUAGUAAUAUUGUGAUGGAUUAAUGGAGCUAGACACUGAUAAAAGUAAUUCUGUUGAACAUUAGAUUACAAACUUUUUUGAUAUUUCGGGGCAAAGUACAACGUAAGAGGGAAAACUGGCUCUUGCCCCCAUCUGGGAGUAAGUUGGUUUUCAUUUGUGUUUUUAUGGUUGAAAAUUAUUUCAGAACCCAGGACCCUACAUGUUUGUCACAGGGUCUGAAUUUUCUUGAGUAAUUCCAAAUAAGUACAGAGAAGUGGGCAGAGAUAGGGGGCAGGUGAAAGCAAAUUUUCUGAGUCAAGCUUCAAAUGUAGUAAAGUCAUCAAACAUGCAUGGAUCAGUCGAAAUAAAACCUUGAGUGAGCUAAUGAUGAGGAGACUCUGUUAUAACAUGAUUAAAAGCUCGUCAAUGCAGAUUUCACAUCAUAUGUCCAGUUGAAGCAUUUUUCUCUGAAGCGGCUACUCUAGUGAAGUAAAACGAGCGCGCCUCGCGCUGCGUUAAACCAGAACAGGAAGUUGCAGCAGCAAAUCUUGGGAAAAGAAAAUUGUUACAGUUUGGCAAAAAUGAGUCGAAUUUAUCACAACACAUCUUUACAGAACAAGCCUGUGCACAACGAGACUUUUGACCGCGCCUGGAACCCGUCAUCGUACGAAAGUGGAAAUGGAGUUCUCCUGGAAGGGAAGCUACUGGACGUCUCCAGGCACACCAUUACUGACAUCCACAACCACAAGACUCGCUUUUAUGUGCUGUAUGUCCAGCCCAGCCGAAUCCAUCAGAGGAAGUUUGAUGCUAAAGGCUUGGAGAUAGAGCCAAACUUUAGUGACACAAAGAAGGUCAACACAGGCUACCUUAUGUCCUCCUAUAAGGUUGAAGCCAAAGGUCAAACAGACCGUCUUUCAGAGGUGGACCUUUCAGCAUUAGUCAACAAAAAUGAACUGAUAAAAAUCACAGACAAACACAAACCCAGUGGAUCUUGGGCCUUUUGGUACCCUGAGUCUGAGAUGGAAAAGAAUGAGCUAGAGACUGGACAGGAAAUACGCCUCAAAACUAAAGGAAAUAGUCCUUUUAUAUUCUCUUUGGCAAAAAUAGAUGGUGGUACUGUUACAAAAUGUAACUUUGCUGGCGAUGAAAAUGCUGGAGCAUCAUGGACAGAUAAAAUAAUAGCCAAUAAAGCAUCAUCAGACAGUGGAAAAGCAGGAGGAGAGGGAGAUGGAGCUGGGGAUGAAGAAUGGGAUGAUUGAAGAAUUUCCCUCUCAGUGCCUAAUAACUCUCCAUCUGGAACAACCUCCCACACAUCUUUCCCCACAUGACUCUGCAGAAAAAUCAUACUUUUUUAUUCUCUUGAAUCUUUUUUUUUUUAAUCUCAUGGCUUUUACUAUUUUGACUAUAAGUGUGACAGAAAUAUAGUGAUAAAUACACAA